UUUUCAGUUCGCAUUUCGCUCUCGGGCGAAAAGCUUUGCGAUGGAAAACCAGCGGACGAUAUCCGAUUUGCCGUUCGAGCUCCUCGAUCUGAUAUUCGAGAAGCUAGAGAGCAUUGUGGAUAAACUGCAACUGGCACAGGUGAAUGAAAAGCUGGGAGAAGCGUUUGCCUUCCACAGUCGCAGUGCCUACAAAAAGCUCCAAUCUUUUUUCGGACAAACGCCCGAAAUGUGGGUGGUUAUUGUGAGCUUAUGUGGAUCGACUGUUGAGGAAUUUUCCAGCAGAAAAAACUGGGACCUCCCAUGGAGUGAUAUCGUUGCCAAGUCGAUUGAGCAGCAUUGUCCCAAUUUGAAGUCGGUGAGAAUUGAUGUUUGCAAUGAGAAUUGUGACAGCGUGCAGUCCUUCUUGCUGAAAAUGAGUAAACUUUUGGUAUCAGUUGAACUUACUAUACUCACGGACAACCCAGAAAAGAUUUUUGAUGCGAUCGCAGAAAUGACCAAUAUGACAAGAUUAAUAUGCAGGGGAAAUAUUAACAAAGAUGUGUACCAGAUUCAAAAGCUUUUAGCUUUGCAGGAGCUAGUGCUCGAACAUAAUAAGUUCUAUUAUCCCGAUUCACAUUUGAAUGUUCUGGAGAUUUGUGCACAACUCACAAGCCUUCGCUCCUUGACAGUGCAGAACAUAACUAUAAGGCCCUCAGAGCAGCCACAUUCGAUGAUUUGGCCAGAGCUGGAGUUCCUUAAAAUUUGCAACUGCGAAAUUUAUACGGAAUUGCCCGAGUGUCCGAAGCUGAAAACUUUAGGGAUGAUUAAGUCCAACUGCCACAUUGAAGGCCUCCUGUUACGGUUUAUUCUGCAGAACGGAGUGAAUAUUAAGCAGCUGAAUGAAAGUUGCCAUCCACCUCCAUUUGAUGGAGACAACUUUCUCCAAGUACUUCGAUCAUGUCCAAAGUUACGUGUCUUUCUUACACCAAUGACGGAUAUCAGCAUUCACCAAGCUUUUGUGUCCUCCAUUGUUGAAGUUCUCAAGGAUAAAGGCUUCAAGCAGGAGGAUCCCUUUAAUCUUAUUAUUUAUGCUCGUGACAAGUUGAAAUGGAUUCGCCGAUUAAUUCCACGGACCUCUAAUCCCGAGUUGAUAGCUCUAGACUAUCUGUAUGAUUUUUUCCCCUGAACUUCGCUUUCCAAGGCCAUGAUAAUCAACACUGAGCAAAUGUUAAUGUUAGGAUACUAAAAUAAAAUAUAUGUACAUUUUUCAAGAAAA